AUGGCAUACAAUUACGGCCCGCCUCCCCCGCCGCCGGGGCCCGCGCCCCCGAACAACCCCCCUGCUGGAUACCCCGGAACAUAUGGCCAGUCUCCCUACCAGCAGCCGCAGCAGCCACAGCCGCCUGCUCCCCAGCGCGGCGGGUAUAAUGGCAGAGGCCGUGGUGGCUCGGAUCGUGGCGGAUACCACUCAUCGUCCCAUUCCGGUUCCUACGGAUAUGGCCAACCGACAUAUGGACAACAGCCGCCCCCAGCGAGCCCAUACCCACCUCACCAGCCACAGCCCGGCGCCUACCCUCCGCCGCAACAGCAGUGGCAUUCGGAGCAGCACGGACAACAACAUGCCCCGCAACAGUCUCCUGCCCCUCCUCCUCAAGGUUACGCGUCCAGCUAUGGUGCUCAGCCCCAUUACCCUCAGGCCCAGCAGCCGUACGGCGCCCAGCCUGCCUACUCACCCGCGCCGCAAACGCCUUACGGCCCGGCAUAUGCUACUCCCACCCCGCAGGCUAGUCCGCCUCCUCCGUCUUGGGGCAGUCAUCAUCAGCCGCAUCCACAGGCACCCUACAACAACAGCAGCCGAGGUGGAAGAGGCUCUCACAGUGAUCGCUCCGGACCAAAGGGCCAGAUGAUGGGACCUCCUAUCAGAAUGGGAUUCGAUGGCGCGCCUGCUCAGCCGCCCGCUCCGACUCCUUACCCUCCGCAGUCGUAUGGCACCCCGCACCCGGCGCCUUAUCCUCCUGCGCCCUACCCGGCCUAUCCGCCUCCCGCAGCAUAUAUGCCGCCGGCGCAUCCGGUGUAUGAUGGUGCUCCCGCUGCAGGCGCGCCGCGUCAUGGUCGUGGAGGCAUCCACCACAACAACCAUCCUCGCCAUCGCCCUCCGUUUGGUGGUGAUAGAGGUCGUGGCCGCAAUGGCCACGCUAACAACAACGCUAGUCGGGGUGGGAAGGCCCAUAGCCCUCCUGCCCAUCAUCAGAAGCCCGAUCACUUGAACGGAAAGAAGAAGAAGCGUAAGACGAACACUCUAGGUCUUCUUCCGGGUGAUGAGGAGGAUGAGGAAGUCGAUGAUGAGGAGCAGCGCUUGAAUGAGAUGAUCGGCGCUGACGCCCCGAACCCCACUACCAAUGAAGAGCUUGCCGCUUGGAUCGCCGAGCGCAGAGCUAAUUGGCCGUCCAGAGCCAAAAUCGCUGCCCAGGAAGCUGCUGCUAAGGAACAAAAAGCUGAUGCCAAGGCCGCAGAUGAGAAGGCUACUCUGCUUAUGAGGCAGGAGCAAAAGGCGGAGAAACUCCGCAAAGAGCUCGAAAAGGUGGAAUCCAGCAUCAAGAGAAAAAGGGAACAACAGGACGAAGGUGACGAGAUGCGCCAGUUCGAACCCUCAUCACCCUCAACCAUCUCCAAGUCGGAUGACGAGAAGCCUGAAGUCCUCACUACUCGUCCGGAUGAGACAGUCGUUCCCCCGGUGGCCAGGAAGGCCGACCAGUCCAAACAUUGCAAAUACUAUUCUACCGGGGGAAAUUGCGGUAAGCGGGGCAAGUGCCGUUUCGUCCAUGACCCUAACGAGCGCGAAAAGGCUCUGAGAGAGCGCGAACUUAACGGAGGCAAGAUGACCCUCCAGCAGCGCUUGCUCCUUAACGAUAAGGAGCAAGAGGAUUUGUACAUCAUUCAGACUCUCAAGUACCUCCAGGACAAGGGUGCGUACCAAAAGAAGAGCGCCUUGGAUCAGUCUUCUAGUGGCGGUACGACCUCCAACACUCAGCCUCAGGCUACAGGUCCUGCAUCGCUGCCGCAGAACCCUUUGAAAAGGGAACCGGGAAGUGGUCUUCCCAAUAUCCCCCCGCAGCCCGAAGCUUCCAACGGAAACGCAUCGGCGUCCAAAUAUCCUGGGUGGAACCUGAACGGCUUCGGUAAUACCGGCGGCCGGCCUAACGACAAGUAG